GACGUGCCGCUGGGUGCUGAUUUCCAGUCGCCAGAUACCAUAAACCGAUCCAAAAGUAAGUCCCUCCCUAAGGUCAAGGCCUCCACAAAGUCCAAGCGACACAGAUCCGUGCAGAAGACCACUAGCAGCACAGCGCACGACAAAACUCGCAACACUUCCAGUUACGUCCCCUCAUACGCCAAAGGGAAUCGGUCACCACUCACUGCCAUGCAGUCGGCCACAAGAAAGCUCAUGAGAUCGUCACACAGCUCGGAUAGCAUUGCCCGAACGGACGUGGUUGGCUAUAAUGCCGAUCAG